GCUUGCAUUUACUUUCUCCCUCUACUUCAAGUACCUCCAGCACACCUUGAAACCUAUUGGUGAGAUCACACACUGGAUACCAGGCUGCCAGCUUACAAAAGGAUUUCCUGCCACUUACACUGUUAAGGGCCAAACCAUGAAUAAGGCCCGGCCUCGAUACAUAGUUGAUCGAUCUACAUAUUCCCUUGAACUUUUCAAUGAAGAAUAUGAGAAGAAAAAUCGCAGUUACCCAGUAGGUGGGAAAGCAAGAAAAUUGUUCAGUUGGACGCCCGCCAAGUUCAAAGCUCUUAUUUUUGGUCUCCUUCCCAUUCUUACUUGGGUACCCAAGUAUAACUUAAAAGAAUAUGCCCUCCCAGAUCUGCUUGGUGGUAUCAGCGCUGGCACAAUCCAGGUCCCGCAAGGCAUGGCUUUUGCCCUUCUUGCUAACCUCCCACCUGUGAAUGGAUUGUACUCUUCCUUCUUUCCUCUUGUGACUUAUUUCUUUUUGGGAGGAAUUCCACAGAUGGUACCAGGAACGUUUGCUGUCAUUAGCAUAAUAGUGGGAAAUGUGUGUAUGCAGCUGGCUCCAGAGUCUGAUUUUCAGAAGCUAAAUGAGACCACAAAUGCCACUAUAACAGACAUGGCAGCAAUGAAUCAAGCGAGGCUGCAGGUUUCAGCAACACUUGCAUGUCUGACAGCAAUCAUACAGAUUGCCUUGGGCUUUGUGCAGUUUGGCUUUGUGGCCAUAUACCUGUCAGAAUCCUUUAUUCGUGGUUUCAUGACAGCAGCUGGCUUGCAAAUUCUUAUAUCUGUGCUCAAGUAUAUAUUUGGAGUCACCGUGCCACCAUACAGUGGUCCUCUGGCUAUUGUUUAUACCUUCAUAGACAUCUGCAAGAACCUACCAAAUACCAACGUGGCAUCCUUGGUCUUUGCUUUGGUCAGCUCGGUGCUGCUUAUCAUCGUCAAAGAGCUAAACCUCAAAUAUAUGCAUAAGAUUCGCUUUCCUAUUCCCAUGGAGAUUAUUAUUGUCAUAAUUGCUACAGCUGUCUCGGGCAGUUGUAACCUUCCGGAAAAAUAUAAAAUGGAUAUAGUGGGCCAGAUACCAUUAGGCUUUCCUGCCCCUACUUUACCUACUGUAAGCCAAUGGGGUGAAAUGAUUGGCACAGCAUUUUCUCUUGCUAUUGUUGGCUAUGUAAUUAACCUUGCCAUGGGCAGGACUUUAGGAGCAAGACAUGGCUAUGAUGUUGACCCAAACCAGGAAAUGCUGGCCCUUGGUUGCAGUAAUUUCUUUGGAUCAUUUUUCUUCAUUCAUGUGAUUUGCUGUGCACUCUCUGUAACUCUCGCAGUGGAUGGGGCUGGAGGAAAGUCACAGAUGUCCAGUUUCUUUGUUAUGAUGGUGGUUAUGAUCACUAUGCUGGCACUUGGUACUUACUUGCGACCUCUGCCUAAGGCUGUGCUAGGAGCCUUGAUAGCGGUCAAUCUGAAGAAUUCUUUAAAGCAACUUGCUGACCCUUUUUACCUUUGGAAAAAAAGCAAACUUGAUUGUUGUGUUUGGGUUGUGAGUUUCCUCUCCACCUUCAUCCUUGGCCUUCCAUAUGGUGUUGCUGUUGGUGUAGGAUUUUCUGUCUUGGUUGUCAUCUUUAACACACAAUUUCGAAAUGGUUCAGCAUUGGGUCAGGUGGCCUCUACUGAUUUAUAUAAAAACCCAAAAGUAUACAGCAAGGUUCAAUCUAUUGAAGGGAUCAAGAUUGUCAAUUACUGCUCUCCACUUUAUUUUGCAAAUUCAGAGAUAUUUAGACAGAAGGUUAUUAAGAAGACUGGACUGGAUCCAUGCAAAGUCUAUCUGUCCAAAAAGAAGUACUUGAAGAAGCAUGAUGCGGAAGAACUGCAAAGGCAAAGAGGGUCUGUGUUCAUGAAAAGUAAGACAUUAUCACUGCAAGAACUACAAGAGGACUUUGAUAGUGCACCCCCAACUGAUUCCAACAAUAACAGCACAGUGAAUGGAACGAACAGUACCAUCAGUUACAUAGCAUCAAAUACUCUGACAGUGGGUUCUUCAAUUCCUGUUAUUAUUCCAAAUGGCAUGUCCACCCCAGCACAAACUGAAGAUCCUAUCAUCAUGGCACCUCCUAUUGUUAACUUCCAUACUGUCAUCAUUGACAUGAGUGGUGUGUGUUUCGUAGAUCUGAUGGGCAUUAAAGCCUUAGGAAAGUUAGGUUCCAGUUACCAAAGGAUUGGGGUGAACUUCUAUUUAGCAGACGUACAAGCUCAAGUGUACGAUGACAUUGAACUUGGAGGAGUCUUUGCUGAGGGAGGACUGAGUCGUGAUCACCUCUUCCUUACUGUGCAUGAUGCUGUCCUUCAUGCAUUGGCAAACAAUACAGGAAUAAGACAUACCAUGUCAUCUGGAAAGGGUUCUGGUGACACUGAGAUUUUUGUGCAGGACACACAGGAUGAAAUCAAUGAGGAUUAUCCAAAUCUUGAAGAGGCCAUGUUUGGCAGUAUGUUCCAGGCCGAAAUCCAAACAGCACUGUGAGGACUUAUUUGAACCGUGGUCUCCUGCAGAUAAAAGAAAGCUCCAUUCGUUCUAAAAUCAUUGGUUGAUGAUAGGGGCUUCCGAGGCACAGCUGCUGAAAUCUGUUCAAGCCAAGAAACCUACCCUCUUUAACUCUGGGAUAGCAAUGCCUGCUGCCUUUCAGCCAAAAAAAGGAACAAACUGACUCAGGUGACAUGAUAUGGUUUCAUGUUCAGAAGCGGAUGGCAGUUCGGACAUCUAGAGUCCCACUGGUAUUUCAGUCUUCAUGCUAUUAAAAAGUUCUCUUCAAUUUACCUGUUGUGGAUGAAAACUUCACCCAUGUCUCCCAAGGCUCUCUUAUAAAUGAAAUAAAGGAGCAGAAAAGCAAAUGGGAUCCCCAGACUAAUAUACUUUUGAAUAAAUUCACCUAUGUACAGUAUGUACCAGAACAUGAGGGUGACCAUGAAAAUGUAAAAUAGCCUACAUUAUUUGGACCAUUGUUGACUUUGCAAACAAAAGCAAAGUAAGAAAUACUUUUUUAUGCUGCUUUCUGCAAAUCAAGCUAUGAAUGUACAGACUUAAUAUUUAUGCCAGUAAUUGAAAUCAAACCUGAAAAUCAAAGGCUUUACCUUACGACCUGCUGCAGGGAUGACUAGCCUAUUAUUAUUAUUAUUAUUAUUAUUAUCCACAGACGUGAAGUAUACACCAUCUUGUACUACAGAUUAAUACAAUGAAUGUCAAUGGCCAAGGUGUUUUUGAAUUCAGCACUAGAACUGCAGAGCUAUUAACACAGUCGUGAUAUCAUACUGUAUGCCCUGUGUUUGUAAUGUAUAUAUAGAAGUUCUACAAUGUUAUUUAUUUCACGUGGAUGUUGUGUAUGCCAUUGUUAAAUCACAUGAAUUAAACUAUUGGUCGCAAAAG